GCCACGCUGAACCCCAUGCUCAACCGGCUGGCCAACAGAGACCAGACCCUGGUGAGUCAGUACACCAAUGCCUUUGCCUUCACCCAGCUCUGUGGGGUCCUCUGUGGUCCCUGGAACGGCCUCAUCAUGGACAGACACAAGGGGAAGCCACUGGCUCCAGGAGAGACGAAGCAAGAAGCCGACCUGCGCUCCUCUUCUCUCUCCCUCUUCCUCACCUCCCUCCAGUGCCUCAUCUUCUACGUCUGCUUCUCUUCUCCUCUCCUUCCUCUCCAGUACCUCACCUUCAUCCUGCAAGUCCUCAACAGUGCCUUCAUCUAUGGUGGACACCAAGCCUUCCUCACCAUCGCGUUUCCCGGCUGCCAUUUUGGUAAGUUGUCUGGUAUGAUAACAUCUCUGUCAGCUGUGGUUCUGCUGCUCCAGUUCCCUGUUCUACACCUCAUCAGAGAGUUCCUGCAUGGAGACCCUAUCUAUGUGAACGUGGGUCUGACCCUCCUCACCCUCCUCACCUUCAUCCACCCCCUCCACGUCCACCUCCACUGCCGCUCUCUAGCCAAUCAGAGGAGGGCUAAACAGGAAGUGACAAACUCGGGGUCAAAGGUCACGUGCAACAGGCUGGUGGGGAUGUGACGAUAAACCAACAACAACAGUGGUGCGUCUCAAUAGUCUAAAGUCGCUUCCUCUCCUUGUCUCCUUUCCUUUGACAACAUUGAUCUGAUUAAAUUGGACAGGUGGAAAACAGGGUAUAUGUCCCAAAUGGUGCCCUAUCCCCUACAUAGUGCACUACUUUUGAUGGACCCUGGUUAAAAGUAGUGCACUAUAGUUUUGCCAAAGGGUACAUUGAGACACAGACAGGUGCCUCUGUAGGACGCCUUCCCUUCGCCAUCUUGCUUUCACUUGUCCGGUGAAGGAGAGGAGACGAGGAGAGAAAGCAUCUUUAGACUGUUAGGAUGCAUCCAGGACAAUUGACACUACAUCAUCGACAAUGCCACUGACUGUUCAAGGCAGGGCAAAGGAGGACAGUGCCAAAGUGAAGACCUACUGUAAUGUGUGUGUUAACCUGUCUGAUUGUAAUAAAGAAUACAACUAAACUGUGAAAC